AUGCAGUCAAAUGUAUGCCCCACAGAAAAACAAGAUGCAGUUCAUGACGAUCCUGUGGAAUCUCCAGAUUUAGUUACUUCGAAUUCGACAACAAACUUAACAUUGUCAUCAUUGCGCACGUCAGAUCUCAGAAAUUCAGAAUCAAUUAAUGGCUUGUCAGUUACUACAUCAACGUCAAAUGCUGAGUUAGAUCUAAGAGAUCUUGGGAAACAAUUAUCAAUUGGUGUUACACGUGAGAUGGCACGUGAAAUUAAACUGGUAACUAUUUAUUUGUCUUUGGGUUGUCCAGACCGUAUACGUUUUGAAUAUCAGUUUUUCUGCACUAAUGAUAAAGGAUUACAGAAACCAUUGAAUUCAUCGUACUCCGACUUACUAAUAUGUCCACCAUUAGAUCCAGAUGGAGACGGUAUAAGUAAUGGUUUAAGGCGUCUUUUACAUUUGAAUGCCAGUGAUUAUUUACUUCAUCGUGAUUGGGUUUCUCGUCAUCCUAUUCGAAGCAACACGCCAGUCCCUACAUCUUGUCAUUCUUCUCAAGCUAUUCCUAGCGUUAACAUCUCAACAGUUGCUACAGUCACGGCAACUCAAAGCUGCACAUCAACAUUAUUACCAAAAACAUUAACUGGAAGUCAUCUUUCACAGAUAUCCGAAUUACCUAUUAUGGUUACAGCUCAACAACCUUCAACAGUGACUACCAGUAUUUCAGCAAAGCAACCGACAGUUAUGAUGUAUUCUCAGCCAAAUACUAUACAGGUUCUUAUUAAUGGACAGCCAUCCAUUUUCCAACUGAAUUCCACCUUUUCAGCUUCAAAUCCAAUUAUUUCUUCAUUAUUAACAACAAAUAGUUUAAUGAAGCCUCCAAUAGCUUCAGUUCAAAGUCCAAAAUUAGUCUUAUUACAACAACCAGUUGGACAAAAAACACAAGUUCCUAUUGUUGAACGACAAUUAGACCAUGAACGACAAGUAACUUCAACUGUAGCAAUAAGUCAAGGACCAUAUAUCCCAUUACUACCGAAACAAUCAGCUGUACCCACUCAAUUCAGUGUAAAAACAUCGACACCAUUAACAGGCACUUUUGUAUCGUCUAGUUCUAUUCCUUCAACGUCCACAUGUAUGAUUGAGAAUGAAAAUAAUUCACCUGUAACUUCAUCGUUAGAAUCGUUAAAGGCAUUUAAUGCACGACGUCGAACUAGUAUUAUAUCACAAGUCAACAAACGUUUAACUGAAAAUUCGAUUCUAACUAAAGAAUUACAAUCAAAACCAUCAACAAUUACAUCUAUUUCAAACAAUUUACCUCCAUCAUACAAUACUUCAGCAAAUCCUUGUACGACUAAAUCUUCAGUUCAAUCACUUCAGGCAAUCGAUAAUCAAACUUUGACAACAAUCAAAGGUGAUGAAGCAUCUGUUAAUAAUAUACAUUCUAAAUCAAUAACACUUUCAACACCAUCAAAUUCUAAUAAUUUAUGGUCAUCCAUUAAUGUAUCGAAUAAUGAACCGAUGGUAACAACAUCAAUUGUUUUCAAUGAUCAGUUACCUCAAGUUCAUAGCAUAUCGAGCUUAUUAUCAUCUUCACCAAAUUUAUCAUCAUUACAAUCUAAUAAUGUAAUGUCUUUUAUUUCAUUAUCUAAAAAUUCUUCUAAUACAGAUGUUAAUAUGGAUGAUCUAUUGUUAGUCUCAACAGAGACAAAUCAAUGCUCUAUGUCAUCAUCAUCGUUCAGUAAUGAUACACUGGCAUCCCUGUUAAAUACACUAUGUCCACGUUGUCCUUUAUCUUCUACUCAUGAUAAUCAAAAUAUAUUAACUGAAUCAUCUGCUCGACCUACUGAUAGUACUCUAUCUCCAUUAAAUGAAUUAUCAACGCCAGAUUUACAUAAAACAACAUUCUCUACACCUACAACUAAUGAUGUAAAUGUUUCACUUAAAAUAGAAGAGAAUGCUGAAAAAUCAUUUGACUUUAGAACAGUUGAUUCUGUUUGUAGUUAUCCACCAGUUUCUCCAUCGAUUGGUGAUAUUUCAUUUACUGAUUCAAUGGCUGCUGCUGUAAUGGAUGUACACCAUAUGGAGUUAGAUCAUUCUGAUGGAGAGCAGAGUACCGAUGUUCACUCUGAACCGUUAAAUCUUAUAGCUUCAAAUCUUAUUAUUCAACCUGAUAUUUAUCCAAUAAGACCGUCAUAUGAAUCUCUUGUGGAACAUGAUGAUAUUAAAACUAGAGGUAUUAGUAGAUCUGAAUAUAAUUGCAUAACAAAUGUUGAAGUAUUCCUUCGAAUGAAUACACCACAAUCCAGAAGAAAUUCAGUUGGUCUCAAUUCAACGUUGCAAAUUCCGACUACUUCAUCUAGUUGA